GUAAACAAACAAAACAAAAGGCCACAUCCAGUAAAAAACAUAAGCGUCUGUUGUGCUCACUGCCAGUUGGACAAUGGCAUAUGCAAUAACAUUUAUGGAGAAUUGUAGUGUAUUUCGCAACACAAUGGUCACUCAUCCAUCAGUAAUGUUUAGCAGGAGUAGUGCAGAGGACGCAGGGAAAUUAACAUUGGACAUGUAACGUCCUCCACCUCCAGGAAUAGAUAUAAAUAAAACAAAAUAUUUGAUAUAUUUUGAACAACGAAACUUGCCAUGCGCUGCAAUGUCGAGCUUUCUAAAGGAUUUCUUAAGUGUUUCAAUCUUCACAAGUUGCAAGUCGAACUUUGGUUCAUUAGAGUUUAUGAUGUGCAAACAAGCGAAUCUUUCAGCUCAUCACGUUUUGCAGUUGACAAAACUUAAACUUAAACAAUACGAACGUUUUGCAAGUUUUGCAUAAAGGGCUGCUACGAGUGCUACAAAGUGAUUCUCAUUUUUGCUGGUAGUUGACGUUUACGCACAAGGAAAAUAGUAAGCGAAAUGAAUUUCACUGAAAACUUGUUGACAUCACGGCAUUCGGAAAACAGUAUUACCGGAUUUGAUCCCCAAGUUCCCAUUACUAAUGAAAACUGGAAGUUAUUUGUAACCUUAAUCGUCUUGUCCACCGUGUUCCUGGGGAUCGCUGUUACUCUGUACAUUAUUUUAUCAGAGCGACAAAAUUUGCACGGGUGGACGCAAUUCUCAUAUCUCGUUGCAUUUCUCCUGUUCAACAUUGUUUUUAUACCCGCACUUUGCCCAGGAAUUGCUGAUGGAUUUCAAGCUAAUUCCUCCUGCUUUGCCUUAGCCGUGGCAAACCAAUAUUUCUUUAUUGCGUCGAAAACGUGGCUGCUUAUAAUUGGGUUUGACAUUUUAUGGAAUCUCUGGAAGUUUGAGUAUGUGAUUGAUACUGGAAAGCACAGGAAAAGGUUCGUCAUUUACUCCAUGCUUGGGUGGACCUUCCCACUCGGAAUGGUGUGCUACGGAGUUGUUCUGAACAUGCGAAAUCAGUUAGACUUUAAUAAUAGGGAUGAUAAUCGAUGUUUAUAUAUUUUUAAUGGUUAUCAUCUUUUUAGUGAAGAGAUUUUUGGCUCGAGCUAUUCAGAUGGUAGCCUCUGGGUUCGGGUGCCCGAUUAUGGACGCCGACAUUGUCGUGUUCCAAGCUGGAACGUUUGGGAAAUAUUUGUAUUUUCCAACUGCAUCAUCCACCUUCUUAUGUUUCUGGUCAUAAUUCUGCUAAUUAUGAAACACCGAUGCGCAGUGCAAAAAACUCUUGCCGAGAGGAGAGAAAAAAGUUAUCAGUCAUUUCUCAUUUUCCUCAAACUCUUUAUCGUCGUGGGACUGAGUUGGAGCUACAUCGCUCUUCAAGAUCUGCUGAAGGCUGGUAACAUCAACACCCAGCAGGGAUUGGAAUGGCAAAUAUUUCGAGUAAUUUACUUCAUGCAAGGAAUUUUCAUCUCGAUCGUGUAUGUGGGCAAUGUCAAAACUUUCCGGCAGCUACAAGAAAAAUUUCCUCGAUUUAAAGCGCUUGUCGUUAGAUGUCAAGAGAACGCGUCAUGCUGUGGUCAACAGCAAGCAAGACAAACUUCAAUCUCUUCAAGUUUUUCCAUUCCCACAUACAAGUCCAAGUGUUGUACAAUUACGAUGGUGGACGAUAAUAUUCACAAAGGACACACCUUCACUUUCAGAAACAUUCCUUCCAUCUCCUCCGUAAACGUUGUACAGUUGUCCAAUUCGAAAGAAAAACAAACCUCGGGUGAAAUUGAAUGAUUUUAAAAAUAUAUUUCAAACUCGCUCACGAUCUUGAGUAGCCAUAUUAAUUUCUAACAAAAUAUAAAGCAAUUUAGUAUUUAUCUGUCUCAUGCACUGCUUGCACAUAUGUGAAGCAUAAAUCUAGAACACGUUCACACACGCGUUGCGAUUUUAAAACAAUGUUUCUGUAUGAGAAUUGACGAACCUCUUUUGUUUGCAUUUGUACCUAAGUCCUGUAAAAAUAAACCAAUUAACUUCUGGAUAAUCUAGAAGUCUGUGCUUCAGGUGCAUUUUGAUGAAAUAAAAUUAGUCCCCAGCAAAA